AUGAAAAGCUUGGAGAUAUUUGAAGUCGGCCCUUAUAUAAAUGGCUACGAACUGGGUUUUUCAAUCGGGCAGAGAUUCUCGCAACAGAUCAAAAGCAGGCUGUCCAAAGACCUAAUCUUGCAAACCCAGCUUCUCCCUUUUGCCCGCUCCUCAAAAUCACACUCACUCCUCGAAUCGCUUUCGGAGAAAAAUAUGAGGAAGUACCCUAAUUACUGGGACGAGCUCAGGGGGACCGCGACAGGAAGUGGGGUCCCCUUUCUUGAGAUAAUGCUGCUUAAUUUCAGGAAAGAAAUACUUCCCUUUAUUCCAAAGGCAGAAAGUAAUUGCGUAGAUUCGCAGUUAGAUGAAACGAUUGACGAUUGUUCGGAUAUUCUUGUCGUUAGCGAUUACAUGGCUGUUGCAGCUCACAACGAGGAUGCAAACGUCGCGCUAGUUGGACAUACAUAUUUGGUUAAGGGAAUUUUGCCGAAUGGAGGAUCUUUCACUGCUUAUACAUAUGCAGGAGAGCUCCCGAGCUGCGCGUUUGGUUACAAUAGUCAUGGCCUGGCAUUCACAUUGAAUUCUGUUCCACCUUGUGUGCAUGAGAUUGAAUGUGGGGCCAUAGGUAGAAACUUUAUCUCCCGAGACUUGCUCGAAGCGCGGAAUAUUGACGAUGCCUUAACAAAAAUUUGUUCAUCCGAAGCUUCUGUAGGACACAGUUACAAUCUUAUCGACAUAAACAGCCGAAGAAUUUUGAAUGUAGAAACAUCAUCAAGAAAUCGUUAUUCGGUUCGUGAAGUUGGGGCAGAGCCAUUUUUUCAUGCCAACAUUUACCUUCAUCUCAAAGUUCAGCAGGAACACGAUGAGAAUUCAUUGAGUAGACAUAGAAGAGCUGAUAUGCUGCCUAAGGGAUCGAAAGGUGAUUUUCUUUCACUUCUCGGAGACAAGAAGGACAUGAAAUAUCCAAUAUACAUGACAGGUCCAUUACUUCACACCCUAUGCACAGUUGUGAUAGAUUUGGACGAGAAAACUCUCUCGAUUAUUGAAGAACACUGCACCGUCGAUCUGGGGUGCAUACUACCUCCCACGCCCCAUCGCAAGUCGUCCACCGGCCACGAUUUGUACCCGCCGAGGUUCGUCGGACGCUACGUCGCUCCCAGGGUCGCCGUUCGCGUCGCUGAGUUUAAUGCUUCGUGA